UACCGAGCAAGCAUAGAGCGGCGGUGAGGAAAGUGACAGUCACACUGGAGCCUUGGUGUAUGGUGAAACACAGGUGAUUUCGGCUUCCACGGUUGCAUUUUACAGCGGAAUGUUCACUCGAAGGGGGCAUGGAGACGUCAAGAAAUCUACACAGAAAGUUCUGGACCCAAAGAAGGAUGUGCUGACCCGGCUCAAGCACCUCCGGUCACUGUUAGAUAUCAUUGACAAGAGUGAACUGAAGGCAUUCUUUGAGAGCAACUGUUCUCAGAUUUAUUUUAUCUUCUAUGAAAAUUUCAUUACACUGGAAAGCAACUUAAAACAAAAAGGGAACAAAUCUCAGAGGGAGGAGCUGGACUCUAUCCUCUUUAUUUUUGAAAAAAUUCUACAGCAUCUGCCGGAGAAAAUCUACAACCGAUGGCAGUUUCACAGUAUAGGUUCUAUCCUGAAAAAGCUUCUACACACUGGAAAUUCCUUCAAGAUCCGCUGUGAGGGGAUCCGUCUCUUCCUGCUGUGGCUGCAGGCCCUUAGGGACAACUGUGCCGAGGAGCAGUUCCUUAUCUUUGCCUGUCUGGUGCCAGGAUUCCCUGCUGUGCCCUCCUCCAGAGGACCCUGCACCCUUGACACCAUCAUUUACAACCCCUUCUCCAACCCCCCCGAUGCCAAGGUGGUGCCUGAGGAGAUUACCCCACUGGUUCCAGCUGUAGUGGGAGAGAAAACUGCAGAUGACCCCACCUGUUACAUCCUCGAAACACUGCUCAAGUACAUGGUCAUCCAGGCAUCCAGUUUAGAAUGGAAGAAUAAAGAGAACCAGGACACAGGCUUCAGGUUUCUCUUCAGCCUGUUCAAGAAGUACUACCUUCCACAUCUAUUCCCCUCCUUCACCAAGCUAACAAACCUUUACAAGCCUUUAUUAGACCUCCCCCACCACCGACCAAAACCCUUGUAUGUGCCAGUGACGCGGAACAAUGAGAGCACCUUCUGCACUAGGGACCAGUACCUGGCACCCCGUGUGGCCUUCAUCACCUGGCUUGUCACCUUCUUCCUGGAGAAGAAGUAUGUCAGUAGUUCUGCUGCGGCGCAGAGCGCCAAGAACGGCACCGAGGUCAUUCCCAAACUCAUCCAGACUGUCACUGCAGGCAGUAGCAGCCAGGAGAAGGAGAAGGAUAAAGCUUCAGAUGGGGAUACAAACGGGCCAGUGGGGGAGCCUGAGAAGAGCCACUCCAACAGCAGCACGCUGUCAGAUCGACGGCCCAGCGACUCCAGUUUGUGUAGCAUUGAGGAGGAGCACCGUCAUGUCUAUGACAUGGUGCAUUCCAUUCUGAUGUCCACCAGGGACAACGUCAACUUUGUCAACGAGGUCUUCCACCAGGCUUUCCUGUUGCCAUCUUGUGAGGCUUCAGCAACCAGGAAGGUGAUCAAAGUAUACAGAAAAUGGAUCCUGCAGGACAAACCCAGCUUCAUGACAGAGCCCGACAAAACGGCCCAGGAAGAUGAAGCGGAUGACAACUCUGGGCAGAUACUCAGCACAGAGACAAACAGCAUACAUGCACAAACGUUGGAGAGUCAUGGUCACAGACGGUCGUCCAGCUGGGGGAGGACCUACUCGUUCAGCAGUGCCAUCAGUCGGGGCUUUCUCACUGAGGAGCAGAACAGGGACGUCAAGGCUGGCAUCCAGCCCACACUACAGGUGUUCCUGACAAACUCAUCCAAUGUGUUCCUGUUGGAGCCAUGCCAGGAUGUACCUAAACUCCUGGAUAAUCAGGUUGAAGUGUGCAAGGGUGUUCUCAGCAUAUACCGGCACAUGAUCAUGGAGCACACCAUGAACACACAGACGUGGGAGCAGAUGCUGCAGGUACUACUGAGAAUCACAGAGGCAGUGAUGAAGAGGCCACAGGAAAACCAAAGAAAAGACAACUUUGCUGACAGUUUAGCAUCUCUACUAUUUAGGACCAUCAUUGUGGCAUGGGUGCGAGCCAACCUGUGCGUAUUUAUCUCCCGGGAGCUAUGGGACGAGCUGCUGGCAGUGCUGUCCUCUCUUACCUGCUGGGAGGAGCUGGUGACAGAGUGGGCCAGCAUCAUGGACUCGCUGACGGCUGUGCUGGCACGCUCUGUUUAUGGCCUGGACAUGGCCAACCUGCCUCUGGACAAGCUCAGUGAACAGAAGGAGAAGAAGCAGAGAGGACGUGGAGUGAUCCAGGACUCCCAGAAGGCUGCAGCCGUCGCACGCUCAUUCUCACUGAGUUGGAGGAACCAAGGAGAACAAGGCGGGCCAGGAGUCCAGGAGCCCAUGAGGAUUCGCUCAGCCACUACUUCAGGAGCACCCGGUGUUGAAAAGGCUCGUAACAACGUUCGGCAGAAGGCAUCUGCUAAGCGAAGCCAGUCCAUCAGCAACUGUGUUCAUCUAUACGAGGCUUUGCCCACUACUAAAAGUGUUCCUAUGCUGCUCCAUACUGUGAGCUCUUUCUUGCCUGGUAUCUCUUCUGGUAAUUCUACUUGCUCUCACAGACUCUCAGAUGUGGAGGAGUGCCAGCUGUCAGAAUGUGGGGGGGAAGAGGAGCUGGGAGGCAGGGAGAGCCCCCUGCCACGUAGCAGCAGCACCUCGGACAUCACCCAGCAGCUGUCUGACACUUUACCAGCCCAGAAGAGAGAGUACUCCCCUACUUCCUGUGGUUCUGACAGCAGGAUGUCUGAGGGCAGGAGAGAGAGCAAUGAGCCACCAGUGAUCCUCAUCCGACGGAGCAGCAGUCCACCUGAGACAGAGUGCAAUGCUGAGGGACACGCAAACUACACAAGGCCCAAGCUCAGAGAGAAAAGUGAGAGUGUGAGUAGUGAGACGUCCAACGGCUACCUCAAUGAAGCUGAAGUAACCUGGCAGGCAUUUGAUGAGGAGGCUGACACGCAGUCCACACAGUCGGCCCACAUGGACGUGACAGCUGAUCCCCAGAGCCAGGGGAGUCUGCUGCUCAGCCACAAUGAGGCUCUCGCAGGUCCCGAGUGUGCCUUCCCUCCCCACUCUGCACCCUCCUACCACCACCACCACCACCAAAACCACUACCACUACCCCCAGAACCCCCCCGCUUCACCAGCCCUGCUGGUGCACACAGAGUGCCCGCGGGACUGCCCCCUGGACGACACCAUGCAUCAGUCUGUCUUACACAUGCCACACCACUUGGACAGUAGUGAGUGUCUGGCUGAUGAUGUCAGCAUCAUUGCCGGUGGGACUCUGACUGGUUGGCAUGCUGAUUCUGCUUUUGUCCUGUGGAGGAGAAUUUUGGGUAUCCUGGGAGAUGUCAACAGCAUCCGCUGCCCCAGAAUCCAUGCCAAGGUCUUCUCCUACCUCUAUGAGCUCUGGCACAAGCUGGCCAAGAUCCGGGACAACCUAGGGAUCAGUGUGGACAACCAGUCCUCUCCUCCCCAGCCUGCUUUCAUCCCUCCUCUUCGAAUGCUUGCGUCCUGGCUCUUCAGGGCCACCAUGUUGCCGGCAGAGUACAAGGCUGGCAAGCUGCAGGCCUACAAGCUGAUCUGUGAGAUGAUGACCAGACACCAGGAUGUGCUCCCUAACAGCGAUUUCUUGGUGCACCUCUACCACAUCAUGCACAAGGGCUUCACCAGCGAUGAUCAGGAUGUUUUGAACACCAUCAUCCGCUCCUGCUCGCCUCGAUUCUUCUUCCUUGGCCUGCCGGGCUUCACUAUGCUAGUUGGAGAUUUCAUCACUGCUGCUGCCUGCGUCCUCACCUCUGACUCCUUAGAGGCUCCAAGGAUGGAGGCUCAGACAAUCCUGGGCUCCCUUGUGUGUUUCCCCAACCUUUACCUUCAGAUUCCUGUACUGCAGCAUACGCGUGGCUCUGAUGAAAUCAAUGUAGACAAAGAGGAUAUCAAGAAUUAUCUGGUCAACAUCCUGCUGGAGACGGCAACGAAGGAACACUGUGAAGGGGCAAGGUGCAUCGCUGUGUGCAGUCUGGGUCUGUGGGUGUGUGAGGAGCUAAUGCAAAAGAACAUCCACCACCAAGUUAAAGAUGCCAUCAAUGUUCUGGGAGUAACACUAAAGUUCGGGAACAAAGCAGUGGCUCAAGUGGCCUGUGACGUGUUUCAGCUGCUCAUCUCUCACUGGGAACAUCUCCAGAGGUUGGAGUCCGCUCUCCCGAAGAAAAUUAUCGAGAUCUUUGUGGCCACAAUAGCCUUUUUGUUGCCAAGCGCAGAGCACUCAACAGUGGAAGCAGACAAAAAGUUGAUGGUGUCGCUGCUGCUCUGCCUGUUGGACUGGUGCAUGGCCGUACCUCUGAGCCUGCUGCUGGAACCCAUCACCAUGCCCUCACUGGAUGACCACACAGCCCACAAGGCCCCACUGCUGGACUACAUUUACAGGGUGCUGCACUGCUGUGUGUCCGGUUCCACCCUGCACACCCAGCAGAGCCACUAUCUCCUGAGUCUGUCAGAUUUGUCCAGUGACUACGACCUCAUGUUGGGUCAGGUUAAGAGCUUCGAGCCACCACCCUCCCAGACCACCACCACAGAGUUUGGCAACUUACUCACUGUAGCUGAGGAAAAGCGUCGCCGAAACAUGGAGCUGAUACCUCUGACAGCACGGAUGGUCAUGACACACCUGGUGAACCAUCUAGGUCAUCAUCCUCUGAGCGGGGGCCCUGCUCUUCUCCACAGCCUAGUGAGCGAGAAUCACGACAACCCGUACGUGGAGUCGUCCGAGCUGUCCUCGGAGGUCUUUAAAAGCCCCAACCUGCAGCUGUUUGUCUUCAACGACAGCACACUGGUGUCCUACCUACAGAUCCCCGCUGAGACACCCACUGUUGGACAGCCCCCCCAACCCUCCUCCCAAGUGCGUGUCAUUGUCCGGGACAUCUCGGGCAAGUACUCGUGGGAUGGUGCAAUCCUUUACUGCACCACACAAGAAGACUCUGUCGAUUUGGGAGUUUUUAGUGCAGUCGACCAUCCUUCUUCUAUGACCACUACAGUCCCUCACAGCAGAAACCAGCCCGCUUCUCCGAUAAAGGGACCACACAAAGAUCACUGCUCAGUCUCAGACUCCCUCUCUAACUGUUGUGAGGAGGAUGAGAUCGAUGUUCUGGAUACUCUUUUGGAGGACCUUGGCCACAGUAGCCCAGAAUGCCUGCCCCAGCCACGUCUCAAGCUCAACCAGCCAGCCCCAUCACCCCAUGGCAUGAACUUGGAGCAAGAGAGCGCCAUCCUGGAAGCCAUUCUCCGUCAGACCCAGCAGGAGGAGGAGCAAGUGAGGAGGUGGGAUGCUGAUGUCAGCUUUCGGGCUGCCUGCCAGAGGGAACCCUCCCACCAGGAACCAAAAGCUCCUUUUUACUUCUGCCGGCUGCUGCUCAAUGAUCUUGGCAUGAACUCUUGGGAUCGCAGGAAAAGCUUCCAUUUGCUGAAGAAAAACUCUAAACUCUUAAGGGAACUGAAGAACUUGGAUUCAAGGCAGUGUCGAGAGACACACAAGAUUGCUGUGUUCUACAUUGGAGAAGGCCAGGAAGAUAAGUGCUCCAUCUUGUCUAACAGCGCCGGCAGCCAGGCCUUUGAAGACUUUGUAUCUGGACUGGGAUGGGAGGUGGACCUCGCCACACACUGUGGCUUCAUGGGGGGCCUCCAGAGGAAUGGCAGCACAGGUCUAACAGCUCCUUACUAUGCUACCUCCACCGUGGAAGCCAUCUUCCACGUCUCCACGCGUAUGCCAUCUAAUUCCGAUGACUGCCUCACCAAAAAGCUGCGUCACCUGGGAAAUGACGAGGUGCACAUAGUGUGGUCCGAGCACACCAGAGACUACCGACGUGGCAUCAUCCCAACCGACUUUGGAGACGUGUUAAUAAUCAUCUACCCAAUGAAGAACCACAUGUACUUCAUCCAGAUCAUGAAGAAACCACAGGUUCCUUUCUUUGGGCCUCUGUUUAAUGGCGCCAUCGUCACAGGGACACUGCUGCCAAGCUUAGUACGGGCCACCUGUAUCAACGCCAGCAGAGCUGUCAAGUCCCGGCUGACUCUCUACCAGAGCUUCUACGAGGAGCGAGCACUCUACUUGGAGGCCAUUGUUCAGAACCACAGAGAGGUCAUGACCUUUGAAGACUUUGCCUCACAGGUCUUCUCCCCCUCUCCUGGCUAUCCGAUAAGCGGGACAGGGUCCUUCACCGGCAGCACGAGCACCGAAGCCGGGAACACGACGACGGACUCGGCCGACCAGGUGUCUCCCACGAUGCCCCGUGCCACAAAGAACAGAGUUUCCGGAAAACUCCGCCGAUCAGCCAGCGCUAUAAGCAAAUCCUCCAACUGAGCUCUUCAAACCCGUCCCCCUUUUCCCAGAGUGCAGCCUUUAAUCUCUUCUCGAAGAACCUCACACACUCAGCCGUGACUGCAAGAGUUGUUUUUUUUUUGUUGGCGUGUUUUUGUUUUCCUUCUGUGUUUUAUUUCUCGUCAUAAAAAAACAUGUAACUGGAGCAUAUUGCAAUUUUUAAUUUAUGUGGCAAUCGUUGAUUUUUGUUCGAUACAUUUCAGUUUCUUGUGGUGUUUAAUCGAGAUGGACUUGAGACUAAGCUAUUUAUGUUCAUCCUGGUGGUUUCAGCGUAAGAACGAGCAGCAUAGGAAGACUGGACCGAGAAGUCUUAAAAGCAACCUGUGAUGUAAAUGUCAUUUUUAUUCUCCUUUUUCUAGUGCACUGUGGACGCGCUAGAAAAAACACUUGGAGUUCUUACUAUAGUAAGGGUAUGGGAGGCUGCUUUACCCUGUUUCUGCAUCUCAUCUAUCUCCACCUGCAUUAUAACUAAGCACUGAAUGACGCAGCUGUAAAAGACAUCAUGCUCAAACUGCACAAGAGAUUGGUUCCCGUUUAUAAAUGUGUCUGCCUUUUGUACCUCUUCUUUUUGCGUCGACCACGGCCUUUCUGUGUCAAAGAUAGCACUUGAGUUAGCGACAGAAUGAUGCUGAAGAUCCUGGACAGUAGCACCAGUUUGGACUGAUUUUCCCACAGUGGAAAGGAGAGAAAACUCUUGAUACAUAGGGAAUGCCUGUCCUCGAGGAUCCAUACUCGCUGCACAGACUCCAGAGUCCAUGUAGCAGUCGGAGGCUUUUUAAUUGUUUUGAACCCAGAGUGGACAAUCAAUGACGUCUUUCUAACUUAAGCUGAAACUAAAUUUGUUUCCUUUUUUUUUUUCUUCACCGCUCUCAUUUUCCUUUUUAAAUGAAUUCCAAUGGAUUGUGUCAUGAUUUGAUUUAUGCAACUCUGCUGGAAUGAGAAAAGACUGCGUUUGUAAUUGUUUUCUGAUGUCGUUAACAUAGGCUCAUGUCCGGUAAUUGAAUAAGUUCCUCCUGUCUCUUUCCUCUGCUAUCAGUUUCCCUGUCCUGCGAAGCGAAGACAUCGACAUUCCAACGUUCCCAACCGACCAUUGUUUUUUUUUUUGUUUGUUUUUUUGCACUCGCUCUCAUCAGUUAGCAUUGAAUGUGUCUCUUGGUUCUCAGAUGUAAAUCGCUUUAAAUUUUAUUUGUUGAUGUCUGUUUGCUAGAUGUAUAUAGAGAGGACUAUUUGAUGAAUUAUUAUUUUUUGCUGUUGUGUUGUACUUAUGUGUUCAUGUGCUGUUUAGAGGAAAAAUGCCGCCAGAGCCUCAGGUGAAUCUUAACUCCAUGCACUGGUGUGUGUGUGUUUGCGUGUGUGUUUGUGUGCAUGUGUGUGAGUUUGUGGGGGAGCUUCUCCUAGUGCCUGUCUGUCCUCUUAGAUGAUGUCCCGCAUCACCUCCGCACCCCAUAAUCACAUUUACCUCCGCCGUGCGAGACAAACCGCGGCUGCCCUGCAUCUCAUCUCCUCGUUAGCCGUCUUAAACAAAGCGUUUCUUCCUCCCCUUUGCGCCUCUAAAGGUCAGUGUCUCGUGCUUCCCACAAAAAAAACAACAACAGAUGGAUUUGGAAUUACGGGGUUCUCUGUUUAGUCUUCACUUAUUGGCGGUGCCCCGUCUUUAUCUGUGAAUGGAAUCGAGUGGCACCAACUCCUCCUCCUCUUUUCCCAUGAUCCCCCUCUCCCACCGUUGCCGCCUCCUGAGGCUGCAGGAGGGGAGGCUGGGUUUUAGGUGGCAUGCCAGAGCUGAACUCUCUACAGCCCUCCUAGCAACAGCCAGGCCCUCACUCCUGCAACCUGCCCGCUCGGGUUGUCAUGGUAGCCAGGUGUCGUCCUCCCUCCCUCCCUACCACCACCCACCCCUCCACACACACACUAUAGACUCACACCCUCUGAGGGCUCCACCCAAGCUGCAACACUAUCCCCAUCUGUUGCACUACUAUGCCUUACUUUCCCCCAUGCUCCUCUGUCAUUCUUUCUCACAUCUCACCUCCUUUUUUGUUUGUUCAUUCCCCGAGCAGAAUAUGGGGAGUCCAAACAGCAGGAGGAUUGACAGAUCUGUUUCUGUGCUUUUUUUUUUGUUUGUUUUUUUGAAGAAUGUAUAGAUUUAUAGGCCUGGAUCACAUCUAUGGUUUUUAUUUCCCCCCCCCCCAAAGCCACUUGAAGGAACCACCCAGGAUGUCGAUCUUAAAGAUUGUAGGUUAUAGAAAAUGUCUGUCCAAGGGGUUUGUGCUCCCUUUUUUUUGGUGGCUUAGGAGGCGUUAGUUCGGACCAAGACUUGUAUGUCUUAUACGCGUGAAGAAAACGAGCUAGUCUUAGUCUGUUAUUUCUUUCUUCUGGUUUUAGAAAUCCUUGUACAUUGUGUCAAAUUUGAGGGCGCCGUUGCCCUCCGACUCUAAAUAUAUUAAUGCCUGUAAUAUAAUCUUUGUAUAAGAGAAAGAGGAAAAAAAAAAAAAGCUUGAAAAUUUCAUCAUUACUUGUCAACAUAUCAAAACUGUUUUUAAUGACCGAAGUCCUGCUAUCUUUAUUAGAAAUGUGAAAAUUGAAACAUUUCAUUAAAUCAAUUUGAAAUUCUA